GAGAGAGAGAGAGAGAGAGAGAGAGAGAGAGAGCAGACUGCGUGCAUCUUUAUGGAUCUAACCAGACAGCAGCUCUCAGGCUUUCCUAACAAUGUGCCAAUGCGUGUUCCAUCCGCUCCACUACACGAUCAAUAGGUAAGAAGCAGGAAUUGAACCCUAUGAUUCGCUCGAGACGGCGACGCGCUGCCGCUCGGUCUCUCGUGCUGUUCCGACUUGUGCAAGCAUGCACGAGCAGCGGUAGACUGGAGAUGAUCUCUGUAUGGCUGCUAGUUUUGAAGCUGCUGAGAGCCACAGCUGGUGUGAAACGACCAAAUGGGAAUGAAUUAAAUGAAGGUAGGAGAGACUCUUUAAACCAGCAACAAAAAGAGCAAGAAAAUCUCCCUAAGGCCGUCUCCAUGGAGACAAGUCUGCUUUCAGAAAUAGCUGAUGUGAAUGAAUAUAAAAUGGAUGUUGGGGAAAAAGAAGAGGACAAACACCACCACGGUGUAGAUGAUAAAGAAUGUUUUGAUGAGCAUUUCUCUGAAUGCCUGGAUACUGAAAAGGGCAACUCCCCACUCACAACUCAGCACAAAAGCAAUGAAACAGCCAAUGAAUGUGAGGGUACAGAGGAAAGUGACGGGAAGGAAAACCAAAAAGAGGACAUGAUGAUAAAAGAGACAGAGGAAGAGGAGGGAAAUCUCAAAGAAUCUGUGUUAUCUCUAGAACCUGACCCAGAUCUCCAAGCACAAGGCCAGCUGAUGGAGAAAGAAAACAACACCACAUUCUCCUCUGAAACAAAAGAGCCUGAACCCCAAGAACCACCGGAAACUCAGACAAUUGAACCAGAAUCUGUGCUUGAACAACAAAUCAAGGAGCUGGCUGUUUCCGAUGCUUCUACCGAAUCCUGUCAUGAUAAUGAUAGAGAUGACCUGAGCGACUGCCUGCAUGUGGAGAUGGCUAUUGUGUCAUCGGACAGUGAUGCUGAGGAGCAGUGGAAGACCAUGUUUUCUCCUGUGGUCGAUGAAGAUGAGUUUGGGGGCAUUUUGGAAUCCGAUGCCCUUGAAGUCAACGAAGAAACAAAUGACCAAAACCACGGAAUGGAAGAUGAAAUUAACAUCCGGUCUGAGACUAAACCUGAACCUGAUGAAGAUGAAGAUCCAACAGUGUUGACAGAAAGUGCUGACACUCUUGAGCAGCCAGAAAGUUCCACUGAAUGUGAGCUUGAGGACAUUUCCUGUAAGGAUUCCAUACACUACAGCAGUUUAUCCAAAAUCUCAGAGAACGAAGUGGAUCCGAGACAAAAUGUAAAGCACGGCCUGCAGCGUUUGUCAGCCUCGACAUCCGAGCUUGACAAGAAGUUGCCGCAAGACUACUGUGUGAUUCAGGAGAUGCAGAGUGAGAAUGUCAGUACAGAGCAUGUGGAUUUCAGGCUGGCUCGUGAACAGUGGCAGAAAAUGGAGGAACAAUGCAAGGCCCAGGUACAACAAGCUACCAUAAAGCAGGGUGGAAAUAGCAUCAUAUAUACCCCCAUGCGCACCUUGGAGCGACCCAAGAAAGAUCCGGAUUCUGACAAUUUAAAUCUUGGUGACUAUCAGUAUACGCAGUUUAGCCCGUGUUCAGAUGACUCUGGUCUGGAUGAUACCAGCUACCGGUCGCAUUAUGAUGAACCAGAGACUCCAGUUGAAAGGGAAAUCCGUGAGACUAUGGAGCGAGAGGAAUGUUUCAAACGAGAGAGGGCCAUGUCAAGGCCAGCUUCCAGUGAACCUGUACAGAAUAAUCCCAGACCAACGACUCUGAUGAUGACCAAGUCGGAUCCAGAGGAGAAAAAGAAGAUGUAUAACACACGUGAGGACAGGUGCAGGACACAGAGACCUUCGAGCACCACACCACCAACCUUGUCUAUUACUGCUUCACCAUCAUCAAAGCCCAGCUAUCAUGAAAUGGUAGCCAACAAUGUCAUAAUCCUCGAUCCGGAUGCGCAUUCUACAAACCAGCGGCAAAGAGGCAAAAAUCUGCUUUCUCCAGUGACAAACAAGUUCCACGAGUGGCCACCACAUUCAAGCAACAUCAUCAUCCUGGAAACAUCUAAUCUCAUUAUCCGGAGUGCUUCUGAAUUCUGCCUGAGCACUGCAUGCCAGGAGACCCAAGAGAGCACGUUCCACAACAACCCCUUCUUCAAACUGCGAUCACACAGCACGUUAUCUCUGGUGGACCAGGAGAUCAAAGAGGUGAAGCAGAGAGAUGAAGAGUUCAGGAGGCAGAGGGCACAGUUGUACACCAAAGAGAAGUAUGACACGAUUCUGGUGUCUCCCAGCUCACUGCAAAAUUUCUCCUACGAUAAGCCAGGUUUGCCAGAGAAAUGUAAGUCCUCCCCUUCCUCUCCUUUAAAGGGACGCAAAAUGGACCGUUCCACUUUAUCCUGUGAUCAGAAGUUCCCCGAAGCACCGUAUACCAGAGUCCGAAGGAAAAGUGCCCUCAUUCAGAGAUGGGAAGCAGCGAUGUUGGCCAAUCAGCAACAGCAUAACAUAGAAGUACAAGCACAUGAACAUAGGAGAUGGAAGAAACCACAGGCUAUCUGACAGACUCUCAAUGCAAGCUCUGUAGUGACUUUAAGCAUUGUUUUUUUUUUUUAACUUGGUCUCACUGUUUAUUAAUUAGUUAUUAUGAAUAAUUGCAUCUUUGCACUGUUUUGCUUCGUGAAUAUUUUGCACACCGAUGCUCUAAGCAGUCAUUCUUGCUUGAUAAAUAAUACAUAAAUUAUUCUUGUGAACAAAUGAUUACAGGGUCAGCAUAUAAUAUAUGAAUAUAUUCAUUACUGGUUGUUUAGCUUGUUGCAUUACUGCAUUGCUUUAUUAUU